CAAACUCUGUUUUGAUGUGAAAAAUGAUUGAAUUUUCAUUGAAAUGACAAAAUAAUUAGAAAAAUACAACAAUUAAUGCAUUAAAAGAGUGAAGACAACACAACACAAUGAAAGUGGAGUCACUGAUCGGCUUUUGGUGGUGUCUUGUGUUGGCCAAAGUGGUCACAAGUGAUGGCAAUCGGGUUCUCGAGUUCAACGAGAAGUUUGUGGAAGCGUUGGCCAAAGAGUCGGAGUGGCGAUCGUUUCUGGUGUUGUUUUACGCCCCGUGGUGUCAUCACUGCCACCUACUCGCACCCAUCUGGACACAAGUGGCCCAACACAUCCACAACCACGACCAGGACAUCUAUGUCGGUCGUGUCGACUGCACUAAACACACCACUGUCUCCACACACUUCGCCAUCAGAGGCUUUCCCACCAUUUUGUUCAUCCGAAGAGACAAACGCAUUGAAUUCCGCGGCGAGAGAUCCAGGAAUGAGAUAAUCGAUUUCGCCCUCCGAGUCAAUGGUCCGCCGGUUCGGCAUAUCGUCGACUGCUCUCAAAUCGAUCCCUUAAGACAAAAACAUGACGUGUUUUUCGCUCAUUUCGGCCAAAAUUUGAACGAAAACUUCUCGAAAGCGGCCGAAAGUCAUCAAAGCAUUGAUUGGUUUUAUCACUCGCCCAACGCUUGCCAGCAAUUUUCAGAUGGAAUUUAUGCCAUAAAAGCGAAUAAUUACCACAAAAUAUAUGAUGAAAAUGAAUCGGAAUUAGAAGAUUGGAUUAAAUUGCAACGAUUCCCACAAUUUGUUAAGAUUACAAACGGGAACUUCCAUUUACUUCUUCAAACUCGCAAGAAUUUGGUGAUCGCUUUAGUCGAUGAAUUUAAAUCGAUGGAUAAACUGAAUCCACAACAUCAGGCUUUUUAUAAUGAAUUGGAAUCAAUAGCACACACUUAUCCCAAUCAGAAUCAACUGGCAUACGGUGGCGACCGAUUCUGGAACCGAAUCCAUCGGAUGGGUUACGACACCAUCACAUCAUUCAUUAGCAUGUAUUACGGAAACCCUGUCUUAACAAUCCUUUUGUUUGGAAUUCCGGCCGGUUUUCUCUCUAUCAUUAUAUACACCACUUGUUUCUCCGAUAUUCUCGACGCCAAAGAUGAGGACAUCGAUGAAAAUGAAGAUAACGACGAUGAGACCCACGAAAAACGGGAAUAAAAGUACUUUAUUUGAAUUAUAUUUGUUAUUAUUUAUAUUUUUAUUAUUUAUUUUUUAGUUUUUACUUAUUGUAAUGAUUGGUAAAUAUAAAUUCUUAACAUUUUUAAAACGUUUAAAAUUACAAUUAAAUAAAUAAUCGAAAAAAGACUA